AUGCCUUCCAUCCAGAAAAUCGUCCUCGCUCUGGCCUUCGUUGCCACCACCUUUGCCGCUCAGAUUGCCGACGGUCAGCUCCAGCAGCCCACAUCUGUGGUGACCCCAGCCGUCGUCAACCAGAUCACCGACGGCCAGCUCCAACAGGCGACAUCCACCCCUGUUGCCGUCGUCGCUCCCGCCAUCAAGCAAAUUAACGACGGUCAGCUCCAGCAAGCCACCUCCACCUCUACCCCUGUUGCCGUUGUCACUCCCGCCAUCAAGCAAAUCAACGACGGUCAGCUCCAGCAAGCCACCUCUACCUCCGUUGCCGUUGUCACUCCCGCCGUCAAGCAAAUCACCGACGGUCAACUCCAGCAAGUCGCCUCGGCCAGCGUGUCCCCAAGCGCUACCGCCAACGGUACCCUCACCACACCAUCUCCUUCGGCUGCUACUUUCCACGGUGCUGCUUCUCUCAUGAGCUACAGCAUGGAGCUAGUGACCGUCGCCAUCGGUGCCGCUGCCGUCUUGGCCAUGCUGUAA